CGGCAGCGCAGCUUUCACCCACAAUGAUAUUCAAGGCACUUGCGGCUCGUCUGCAGCGAUAGGAGAAAAGAGGAGAGAAAAAGAGAGCCUCACCUCCUCUAACAGCGAGUGAGGUAGGGAAAAGAGUCAGAGAGCGAGAGGAAGACGAGAGGCUGUGGAGUUAAAAGAAAGACAACGGCGGCUUGGACCUCCUGCCAGGACUCUUUAAUUGUCUGCGCUUUAUUAUAAAGUGUCUAAUUUUCACACAGAUUCGACAUGUCAUCAUCCGGUAAAGACAACAGCGGUGCCCAACACGCCAAUUACGUGGGACCUUACCGUUUGGAGAAGACGCUCGGAAAAGGACAGACAGGGUUGGUCAAACUUGGAGUCCACUGUGUAACAUGCCAGAAAGUCGCCAUUAAGAUUGUGAACCGUGAGAAACUCAGCGAGUCAGUACUAAUGAAGGUGGAGCGAGAAAUAGCUAUUCUGAAGCUCAUAGAACACCCACAUGUUUUAAAGCUACACGAUGUCUACGAAAAUAAAAAAUACUUGUACCUCGUGCUAGAACACGUGUCUGGUGGUGAACUGUUCGACUACUUGGUGAAGAAAGGCAGGUUAACACCUAAAGAGGCCAGGAAAUUUUUCAGACAAAUCAUGUCUGCCUUGGAUUUUUGCCACAGUCAUUCCAUAUGUCACAGGGAUCUAAAGCCAGAGAACCUCUUGCUAGAUGAAAAGAACAACAUCAGGAUAGCAGACUUUGGCAUGGCUUCCCUUCAGGUUGGCGAUAGUUUGUUGGAAACCAGCUGUGGAUCUCCACACUACGCAUGUCCAGAGGUCAUCAGGGGAGAGAAGUAUGACGGGAGGAAAGCAGACGUCUGGAGCUGUGGGGUCAUUCUUUUUGCUCUGUUGGUGGGCGCCCUACCGUUUGAUGAUGACAACUUAAGGAAUCUUUUGGAGAAGGUGAAGCUGGGUGUGUUUCACAUGCCACACUUCAUCCCUCCAGAUUGUCAGAACCUUCUCCGUGGCAUGAUUGAAGUGGAUGCCUCCAAAAGAUUAACGUUAGAACAGAUCCAGAAGCACACAUGGUACAUAGGGGGCAAAAAUGAACCAGAGCCAGAGCAGCCAGUUCCCAGGAAGGUGACCAUCCGCAGCCUGCCCUCUGCAGAAGAUAUCGACCCCGACGUACUGGACAGCAUGCACUCUUUGGGCUGCUUCAGAGACAAAAACAAAUUACUGAAAGACCUGCUCUCAGAUGAUGACAACCAAGAGAAGAUGAUCUACUUCUUGCUAUUGGAUCGAAAGGAGAGGUACCCUAGUCAGGAGGACCAGAAUCUUCCCCCUCGCAAUGAGAUUGAUCCUCCGAGGAAGAGAGUGGACUCUCCCAUGUUGAAUCGUCAUGGCAAGAGGAGACCAGAGAGGAAGUCCAUGGAGGUCCUCAGUGUCACGGACGGAGGCUCACCUGUCCCGGCCAGGAGGGCUAUCGAUAUGACACAGCAUGGACAAAGUAAAUCAGUUUACAGUAAAAGCUUGGAUAUUCCUGACGCCAGUACAAAAUGCAGCAAAGAAGAAAGGUCGCGGUCUAUUAGUGGAGCCUCCUCUGGUCUCUCCACCAGCCCGCUCAGCAGCCCACGGCCUGUCAGAAAGUUUGGUGUACCACCUCAGUCCCCAGACUUGUCCCAGUCCCCUAACACCAGUCCCUGUCCAUCCCCUGAGCCCGUUCCAAAUCGCACAGGCCAGCGUAUCUCCACCCCCAAUUCGCUCGCUCCAAACAGUGAGCCCCUGCCAGAAGCACUCAACAAGACACAGACACUCCCUGCCAAGUCCAGAGCUGUCCCAAAGCCCCUCCAAGCCACACGAUCAAACCCACUCCCUGAAACCACCCUUGAUCCAGAACCUGCAGCCAAAUCAGAACCCUCCACUCCCUGCCAGCUUCCAUCACAGCCACCCUCUGCCUCUGUGCCUCCUACCCCUACUUCUCCAUCUUCCCCAUCCUCCCCGUUUUCCUCAUCCUCCAUCGCCAGUGCUACCAUCUUAAACAGCCCCCACGUACGACGAGCUCAUUAUGCUGCCAACCCCCAACUCUCUGUGCCCUUUAGCCCUGUGGUGCCCCUGUCACCAAUCAGGCUGCACCAUUUUCACCCUGUAGCACCAGCCCCUUCUCCAUUUACUGACCACCCACCCAAAUCUAUCCCCCUCAUACAGGUUACCCCUCACCCUUCCCCUCGAGGCAGCCCCCUCCCCACCCCAAAGGGCACCCCAGUGCACACUCCCAAGGACAGCCCAGCUGGGACACCUACUCCAACACCGCCCCCAAGCCCCUCUAUUGGAGGCAUGCCUUGGAGGACGCGCCUCAACUCCAUCAAGAACAGCUUCCUGGGCUCACCACGUUUCCAUCGCAGGAAACUUCAAGUUCCCACACAAGAGGAGAUGUCCAGCCUCACACCAGAGUCUUCCCCAGAACUUGCCAAAAAAUCCUGGUUUGGUAACUUCAUCAACCUGGAAAAAGAGGAACAGAUCUUUAUUGUCAUCAAAGACAAACCUCUCAGCUCAAUCAAGGCAGACAUCGUUCAAGCCUUUCUCUCGAUUCCCAGCCUGAGCCACAGUGUCAUUUCUCAGACCUCUUUUCGAGCAGAGUACAAGUCAACAGCCGGCCCCACAGUCUUCCAGAAGCCGGUGAAAUUUCAGGUGGAUAUCACCUACACAGAGAGCACAGCUGCAACUAAGGAGAAUGGCAUCUACUCUGUAACCUUCACCCUGCUCUCAGGACCCAGCCGACGCUUUAAACGAGUAGUGGAGACGAUUCAGAGCCAGUUGUUAAGCACACACGAUCAGCCUGGGGUCCAACAGCUUUCCGGCAGCCCAUUGAGUAACUUCUUUGACGUAAUUAAACAACUUUUUUCAGACGAGAAGAAUGGACAGGUGCCCUACCCCCCUGGCACGCCCUCCAAGCACUGCCCCUCACCCAUGCACGUCCGGAGGCAUGACCCAGAAAAUAAUGACACCAAAUUCCCCGCUGCAGGCCGAGACAGAGCCCACUUUUCGGUGGCAUCUGUGGGGACACCAGAGGAAUCUUAGAUCGUGGCGCUUUGUAGCCAUCCCAGUAUCACUUUAAGCCAGAGACACAGAGAGAAUAUGCUAUCUGUACAUAGCUAGAUAUAUAUAUAAAUCAUUUAUGGACAUCUUUUCUAUAAAACGACUUUAUAUAGAUAGAAAUAUAUUAAAAGAAUCAAAGUGAUAUUUUGCAAACAACAUGUUGCACCGACACAACAGACACACACCCUUGCCAUUCCACUCCCCUUUCCAUUACCCCUCAGUGUCCACCAUCAUUACCACCCCUGUACCCUAACCAUCUAAUCACCUGUGGGCCUCAGUUGUUUGCUCCCAUGCUGCUGCUAACCUGUGUGAUGACCUGACUUGUUUCUGAUACCAGGAAUUAUCCAGAAAACCUAUUAAAGUCCAUCCUCCUGCUCCCUGCUCCAUUCGCCCUCCCUCGACCACCCCUCCACACCCCUCCAGCGUGCCAAGAGAGACGGACAAUUGUUGACGGAGGACUCUUCUUAUAGCGGUGUGCUGGGGGAGGGGUUACCAUGGAAACAGACCCUUCAUGCAGACUUCUACCUUCAUCUUCCUCUGCACCCCGACUCCACCCCUGGCAGCCAUCAGUAGAAGUAGACAAAAAAAAAUCCUGUAGUGUUCCCGUUCUUAGAAACACACAAGCACACACAUCCCAGUAAAAACAAGACCACUCGCUCCCCUCACCAGCUAUCCCCGUUCUCUGACCUCAAGGAGCAUUUGCUAAUUGGAAAACAAGCAUUAUUCAAAAACACUACAGAUGCC